UCGCGCCGGCGCGCCACCGCCGGUGCCCCGCAGCCCGCCGCCGGUGCCCCGCAGCCCGCCGCCGGCAACAAGCUGGGCGUGGUGGAGAUGAGGGAGCCGAUUGCUUUUUUUUGUUUUAUUUAGGGUCCUUUGUGUAACAGUUAGGACCUAUCUGUAAUUUAUUAUUUUUUGGGCCAAGCUCAACCCAUACAUGCCAACCAAACAAAGUAUCAGUUCAGCUCCCCUCAACACAUACAGGCUACCAAACACAUCACAAAAUCUCAGGCAAGUUUGUAUGAGGUCAGAUAUCUGAAGUGAGAAAGAGAAUCUGAGGUGGCACAGGCUACCAAACACACCCUUAGUAUCAACAUCAGCAAGCAGCCUAGCUGAUCUGCUAGAUCUUGUGCUGAAUGGGCCUCAGCCCAGAUCCUCCGACGAAGCCCGCCUCCCCGUGCGCGAAGCUUCUAUCCGCCGCCGCUUGCAGGCCAUGUCCCGGCCCAGGUUUUCCCCGAUGCAGAACCAGGCCAGAUCGGCCCAUCACCCCUCUCUGCAUUUGCUUCUUCCCGGAUAGGAUCACGAAGUGGUGCGGUGAGAUACGCCAAGUUCUCCGGAUGUUCUUCAACAAGCUUUAACAGGCAAGCAUUUUCCCCUAUACUCCUGUCCCUGCAGGAGUCGCUCACCUAUUUUAUUUUGCCUUCUCCCUCAUGCUAUCCUUAAGUUGCGUUCUUGUCACGUGUCCUUUCCACUUGUUACCUCAAGCAGCCCAUAUUGCCACCACCACCUCCUACAGCUAUUGUUUUGUUAUCGUGUCUGCCUUGCGAGUCGUAGUGCAUGCUAGUGCUGUCUUAUCUUGUUACUGUUGUUGUUAUCUUAUCGGGUUAUAUGUUGGGAAUAAUCAUGGUUACUUUAGUUGUUGAUAAUUGUUUAGCGGAGGCAUCGGUGGGUCAGCUGCUUGUUUUGUGAUGGCUCACUUGUGUUUCCUAAAUAUCUUAGGACCCCGAGUUCUUGUUAUCUGUUCCGAGACUGAGCGCUCUAACCACACGUGGGUAUGCUUACCGGGUCUCCCCUCGACCACUGCCGGAAUCUACAGCCUUGUCCAGUGGCCACAACUAGUUUGGAUGUUUGUUUUGUUUCUCCCGGGCGUGCAAGCUUGUUUCUUUGUGGUCAGAUGAUAUGAUGUUACUCUUGGGGAAGCCAUGUUGCCUUGUAACCCCAUUGUCUCUUGCACGCUCGUAGGAUGCGGUACGUAUUGCUGAAGAUGGAUUCACCCUGCGGGCACUGUUUCCAUCCGAAAGCCGUAGACGCAAACAGCUAAGUCCGCGUCGGAGUUUCGAUCGGGCUCCGAAACGGGUUAACUUAGUUAGGUGGCUUCCUGGACAUUGUUGUAGUGAAGGAGAGUGCGUGUCGUGAUAUCCACCUGUCGUAAGUGGGUUGAGCGUGCGUGCACUUUUGGGCACCCCUGCUGGGUUACAAUCUUAUCGAUAAGCCGCGUCCGCGGUUAUGGACGACUUGGAGCUGUAUGACUCGAUCAUAGACAACUUACACCUGUUGUUUCACUACUAAUAACUUGCAUAGUAAGUUAGAACAACUUAAAUAAUAACUGGUUAAAACUUGUCAACAGUGUGAGUGCCUUUGCUAGUACUUCUUUGCGAAGGGAGAACACAUCGGCUGUGUUACGUUUGCAGAGUAUAGAACUGUUAGUUUAUGCGCUCUCUCACCUUCUCUGAUUAGACGAAUGUUGUAGAGUGUCUCUAUAGGUUUUUAGUGCUUGCGCGUUGCCGCUUAACCCCACCAUAUUGCCUAUGACGUUCCUCUUGCGUCCUCUAAGUCCCCUGCGUGCCUCAAGUACAAAGGACGACUGGUUGACGAAUGCUUAUACGUCUUGAAGUCUUGUUAAGUACGAACCCGUACUUAUUGCUGCUUCUACGGGAUAUAACCGGGCAGGUAUGGAGAUAUGUUCGAAGAAGAUGACGCUAGCAAGGUUACCCUUCCGGCUUGGCCUGGGCAGGAUUAUGGACGCCACUGGUUAUCUUCAGGACUCUUAGUCCAAUUUGUAUCUUGUUCGUACUCGGACAUAUUCGAUCUUCUGUAUGAUUCGGAUCUUUGUAUUGUAUAUUUGUAUCUUGACUCGUUGGAGUCGUUGUUAUAAUAUAUGUAUCUUGUGGGAUCUAUUGUAAACAUGUUGUACUGUUACUACUCGUAGUAAUUCCUCUGGCAUCACGUGUGCUUUGUCGCGCACGUCGUGUCGGAGGGCGUGUCGGAAUCGAUAUCGUGCGGAUUUCGGUGGGUUCGCUGGGAUCCUCAGGAUACCGGUUCCGGGGCGUCACAUGAGUGAGCAGCAGACUCCCCAAGGAUGGAUCAGUACGAGGUGUUCGCACAGAUUGGGAAAUGAGCAUGGAUAAGUACGAGGUGUUGGAACAUAUUGGUGAUGGAGCAUUUGACUCUGGUCUAUUAAUGAGGCACGAGGUGGGGAAGAAGUAUUUGCUGAAGAAGAUCCAGCUAGAGCCACAAACUGACCGCAGUCACCGGUCUUCCUUGAAGGAGGCAGGAGGAGAUGGUGGUGGUGUCCUUAAUCGCCGCAAAGUUCCUGCACUGUCUGCUGCGUCCUCCGUGAGGUCGCUUUGCCGCGUGCCGGCGCAACAUCUGGUCUCCAUCCUUGCGGUCUUUGCCGACGUCCUCGCCGGAAAUAAGGCCACGCCAGUCGCCACCGCACAGCUGGUUACGAUCAUGCAACCGGAAGGAAUAUCUCCAACCGUGGGGAGUAACGGAUCACUUUCUCAUGCAACUGAUAGCUUAAUAGUAAGGAUGAUCGUUUUGAACAGGCAGAACAUGUCUGCUGCAAUGGAGGUGUUCAUACUACCGCGACAUCAUGACCAUCAACGCGCCUGCUACCCGGAUGAUCCGGAUGUGGAAGAGCUCCCCGCGAUGGCAGCAUUCGAGGUGGAGGAGACCAAUGCCUACUCCGUCACGGAGGCGGCGGCGCACGAGGCCGUCGCCGAGGAGAGCGACCUUCUCUUCACGGAGUCGCUACUCCGUCAAGCGUAGUCGACGGCGACGAUCAUGGUUGAUGCCUUCGUGCUCAUGGCGCAUGACGAAGCGGACCUGGCGGAGGCCCAGGCCAGGAUCGCCGCAGAUCUCGCUGGACACCCACGAUCAAACCCACUUACAGGUUGUGCUAGAGUCGACACCAGGUCUCAGCGCCACCCCUUCUUAAAAGAAGGUCUCAGCGCCGCCCCCAACUUCUCCCCGAACGGCACUGCUCCAUCGCCAUACGGCUCAGGCAAGUGCACUUGGAAAGGUGCCGUCCCUCCUCUGUGUCGCUGACGUCUGCCCCAGCCGCUGCCUCCUCGAUUAGUUCCUGUCCCUCAGUUCCCUCUUGCGCCACCACACGAGUUUGUCCCUAAAGAGGUCGCGUUGACAUUCCUGGCCAGGAGCAUGUUUGUGUGUGGUGAUUGUUCUACCUUCCCACUGCAGGAAGCUGCAGCUUUGCCUCCCACCAAUGGCUGCUUCACGUGAGGUUCCUUUCCUCCCGAGAUGUGAGUAGAUAGAUACCCACAAUGGAGGAAGGGAGAAGAAUGAUCACGAGUUUGUGAGAAACUCUUGGUCUGUUGUGUACGGGAGGUAUUCAAUCAUGUAUAACCUAACAAAGGUGUUGGAUGAGUGCAGUGCAGAUGUACUUCCAUUUAGGCGCAAUGUGGAUGGCGAUGCCAUGCUUAAUUCUGGUCCAUUAGUGGUUUCCAGGAGUGGAGAUGAACAUGAUUUGAGAAGGAGCUUCAGAUGCUCAUUCCGUACUUGGCUGAUGACCCAGGUUACAGUAAGUACUUAUGGUCUCUUUCAUAUUCGUCAUAAUCAGAAUUAUUUAACAAACUCAAUAGAGGAUUCAGUUUGUGACAUUGUAAUUGGAUUGUUUUUGGAUACUAUUUUGUACCAGCACCUGACAGUCGCAUUUCUAGAACACCUGUAUAUGCUUGAAUUAUGAAACCAUAACAAACUUGAAUUACACUUGGUGUGGAUCUCUCUUUGCUGAUAAUUGUACUAUCCUUCACCAAUUUUAAAUAAGUGACAGCGAUCAUGCAAAAGUACCCAACCAAAUUAUUCCCCAUAGGGCUCAUAGAUGGCUGGCGAGUGUGUACUUAUUAAUGUUGUUCAUCAGAUCCUUGACAUUUUCUGUGUCCUGUUCCUCGCCAUCUGCAAGUGUAGGACCAAGGGAAAAUCAUGGAAUUGUGUGAAACAAAUAUCUGUUGAUGACAGACUCUAUGUUUACCUGAAGAGUUAAGGUAGGUGUGCACUUCUGUUGCAGUAGGAGCAAUAAGGAACGGUGGAUAGAGAGCUUAGACUGAGCAAGAUAUCUAAAGGUAAACAGUACUAGGUAGGUCUGCACUUAUGUUGCAGUAGGAGCAAUAAGGAACAGUGGAUAGAGAGCUUAGACUGAUCAUGAUAUCUAAAGGUAAACAUUACGUAGAUCAGUAGCUUAAUUACAUAGAUAUUUUGUGUAGUCCAAUACAUAAGGCUGUUCUGAAUGGCACUCAGCGAUUAAUCAUAGAACCAGAUGCACAACAAGAUGCAUCUUUCAUCUCUUCAUGCUGUUAUAUUGGAUAUGGCUUUCCGACAUUCAUUCUUAUUGCAUUGUUAGAGUACAAGAAAAAAAUUAGGUAGAUGGGAAAGAGUAGAGCUGUAUGGAUAUUCAGUACAUAAUUGAAUCUUAGAUGGUACGUUCUAGAGUUACAAAAUCGUAUGAGAUGUUUCUUUACACAGGCUAAACAGUUCAACGUAUAUACACUUGCGUUGCUUCGCCUAUACGAACAAAAAAAUCCUUUAUUUGGCUAAGUCCAUUCUACCGCAUCUGUUGAUACUUCCAUUGAACCAACUUCACGCAUUUUUCCGAAGGAUCUGGUUUCGCUUGGGGUAAUAAUUGAGUAAACUAGGAGAAAAAUCUCACAUUUACUACCCGAGACGAAAAUGUACCGAAGUAUUGCAGAUUAAUUUGGAGAAUCGCACAUAUCAAGGAGUUAAUAGUGUUCCACUUAUAAACUAGGAUUAGGUGCAUAUUUGGCUCUAAUGCAUCUUGAUGAUCUGGUGUACUCAUUAAGUAUGAAGCUUUAAAACUUAUUACCACUGAAACUCGGCCUGACUGUUCUAAUAAAAAUCUUUAAAACUUAACAGUUUCAUUGAAUCCACUUACUACCACUGAAAAAAAAUCCAUGCUCUCAGUUAACAGAACUUGGAAUGCAGUGGGAAGGAAACCUCCCUACUGAUUCCGUCAUCAAAUUAUUCCUUACUGACUAUUGCAAAAUAUACUAUGAAUCACUAGCUUCAAGUUAUUCCUUACUGACUAUUGCAAAAUAUGCUACGAAUCACUAGCUGCAGUUACAAGUAUUUUUUUUGUCAGACUUUUCAUUGCUGCCAACCAUGUAAGCCUUUACGAUUUCACUUUUAUGCCAUAUUCUUUUCUGGUACAUAAUUACUAUCCAUCUAUUUAUGUGUGACUAUAAUGUAGUUGAAUAGUGAGGUUAUGCAUUUAGACUGUUUUCAUAUAACAACGGGCAGUUUAUUUCAUGUAUGUUCCGCAAGGAAUCAAUAGAAGAAAUGACCAUGUUAUUAUUUUGGGUAAAACUAUUUGAAGUUACAAAGAACUUAAGAGUAAGUGGAGCUUUGCCCCAUGGCCGUUCUGUGAAUCAAGUUGUCUCGAGAUUCUUUGUUCUACUAUUCCUUGAGUAAUUUUUCUCAGCGGAAUCUAUAUACUAAUAAGUCAAAAUUUCUUU